AGCCGAUUGGUCAGGAUGUCCACGGUACGUGGUGUGGUGUUGCUGGUGAUCUGUGUCCUACUGCUAGAAUCGCGCGCCUCCGACAUACUGAACGAUGCGCACGUGUAUCGGGCCUUCGCUUCGUACGAGGUUGUCCCGGAUGUGAUCGAUGAAGCGCCCGAUUGUUGGGCACGGGUAUCGUUCAAAAGUGGCCGCCAAGCGGAGGGUGGCAAUCGAUUGACGCCGACCCAAAUCCGUAACCCACCGGUCGUCACUUGGAACUCAAACGAACGCGCACUGUACACGCUAAUCAUGACCGAUCCGGAUGUACCAUCGCGUGAUGAUCCUCGGUACAGGGAGUUUAUCCAUUGGGCGGUAGGAAACAUUCCGGGCAACGAUGUGGAUCGUGGAGAAACGCUUGUCGAGUAUCUCGGUGCAGUAACGCCCCGUGGGACCGGAUUGCAUCGGUUCGUGCUGCUGGUAUUUGAGCAUUUGCAGAAGCUUGACUUUUCCGCCGAACCGAGAAUCUCGGCACAGUGUGGUACGGUGCGACGAUAUUUUUCCACACGCAACUUUACGCGCAAGUACGAGCUGAGUAAUGUGUACGCGGGAAACUUCUUCCAGACGCAGUACGACGAUUAUGUGGCCACGCUGCAGGCCCAGCUGCGUGAAUGUGAGAGCGAGCGUUCGCUGAACGAGCUGAACGGAGCGCGUAAUGCAACCGUGUUUGGUGGUCCGUAG